UGUGGGUCUGAUGUUAUGUGUGCCAUGGACUCAGCCCAGUAAUAUUGACAAUAGGGUGAAAAGAGAUUGUCCCAAAUUAAACACAUUCUGAAGAAAAUAACCUGAAACCCCUGUGGUGUGCUGCAAGUUGGUGAUACCAUCAACAAUCAGGGAAUGUGAUUCAUUUCGGUGCAUCUCAUUACACAUCCGUAUUUCGUUAUUAAUGGGACACGGAGGAUUAUUUCGUUAGAAGGUAAAAGGUACUUGUGGGUUUGGCUGUUCAAAAAGGCCAAGAUAGCCUUUUCUGCUGGUGUAGCCGCUGCUGGAAGAGACCAAUUGCACAGGAUUGGAAAUAUCUUUGUGGAAAUAACUGAUUUGAAGGGAUCUCCUCUCGCCAACAUCUUCGUCACCCAAAAUACAGAGGAUCAAGGGCUAUGUCCUCAGCGGCCAGCGUACCUCCCUCAGUGGACAAAGUGGACGGCUUUUCUCGGAAGUCGGUCAGGAAAGCGCGACAGAAGCGCUCCCAGAGUUCCUCUCAGUUCCGCUCUCAGGGCAAACCCAUCGAGCUCACCCCUCUCCCUCUGCUUAAAGAUGUCCCAGCAGUGGAGCAGCCGGAGCUGUUCUUGAAGAAGCUGCAGCAGUGUUGUACUGUGUUUGACUUCAUGGACACGCUGUCGGACCUGAAGAUGAAGGAGUACAAGCGCUCCACCCUCAACGAGCUGGUGGACUACGUCACCGUCAGCCGGGGGUACCUCACUGAGCAGGCCUACCCAGAGGUGGUCAAGAUGGUGUCCUAUAACAUAUUUCGAACGCUCCCGCCCAGCGACAGCAACGAGUUUGAUCCUGAGGAGGAUGAACCCACACUGGAGGCAUCAUGGCCACACUUACAGCUGGUGUAUGAGUUCUUCAUACGGUUCCUGGAGAGCCAGGAGUUCCAGCCCAGCAUUGCCAAAAAGUACAUAGACCAGAAAUUUGUUUUACAGCUGCUGGAGCUGUUCGACAGUGAGGACCCAAGGGAGCGAGACUACCUGAAGACAGUCUUACACAGAAUCUACGGAAAAUUCCUGGGGCUGAGGGCUUUUAUACGAAAACAGAUAAAUAAUAUUUUUCUACGUUUUGUUUAUGAAACUGAGCACUUCAAUGGGGUAGCUGAGUUGUUGGAGAUCUUGGGAAGCAUAAUCAAUGGCUUCGCUCUGCCGCUCAAAGCGGAGCACAAACAGUUCCUGGUCAAAGUGUUGAUUCCUCUUCACACAGCCAGGAGUCUCUCUCUCUUCCAUGCACAGCUGGCGUAUUGUAUUGUACAGUUCCUAGAGAAAGACCCAACACUAACAGAACCAGUUAUCAGAGGCCUGCUGAGAUUCUGGCCAAAAACCUGCAGUCAAAAGGAGGUGAUGUUUCUGGGCGAGUUGGAGGAGAUCCUAGACGUGAUCGAGCCGACGCAGUUUGUCAAGAUCCAGGAGCCUCUCUUCAAGCAGAUCUCCAGAUGUGUGUCCAGCCCCCACUUCCAGGUAGCAGAGCGAGCGCUCUAUUACUGGAAUAACGAGUACAUCAUGAGUCUGAUCGAGGAAAACUCCAGUGUCAUUCUUCCCAUCAUGUUCGCCAGCCUUUACCGCAUCUCAAAAGAGCACUGGAACCCGGCGAUUGUAGCUUUAGUCUACAACGUGUUGAAAGCCUUUAUGGAGAUGAACAGCGCUUUGUUUGAUGAACUCACAGCCACCUACAAGUCAGACCGCCAGAGGGAGAAGAAGAAGGAGAAGGAACGUGAGGAGUUGUGGAAGAAGCUGGAGGAUUUGGAGUUGAAGCGAGGCCUGCGUAGCGACGGGAUCAUUCCCACUUAACGACGCGCCACUGGAGCCCCACCCACCCCACCUCUCCCUCUCCUCCCCUCGCCACUCUCGGCCCCGCCCACUACUACGGAACGUUCCGUUUGUGGGCGGAGUGGGCUCUGGAGUGGCGUUCUGUAUGGUGCGACUUACUUUACCGUAGAUUCCCAACGUCUGUUUCUUUAUUUCAACAGCACUGUAAAUAACUUUAUUUUUCUCUUUUAUUUUUUUUCCCCCUUUAAAAAAUGAUAUUACGCUGAAAAGAAAAAGAAAAUAAGUAAAAACGGAAGAGAAAAGUAGAAAAGAAAAGCUGUUAAGGAGAGAGAGGGACUUGGGACACACAAUAGGACUCCAAUUGAACUGCUUUGGGGGGAAACACAAAUCAACAAACGAGAAGCCAGCCAGGAGCCCCGCCCCCAUCCCUUCCCCAGGACUCCGCCCCCAUCCCUUCCCCAGGACUCCGCCCCCAUCCCUUCCCCAGGACUCCGCCCCCAUCCCUUCCC